AAUAUACAUUUAUUUGGGGUCAAGUGUAGAGGCGGAUGAACAUUACACGGAAAGUGAUUGUCGGCAUCCGAAAACAUUGACAAAAGCUCCUUGUAUAGUUGCAAAUGUCUUCAAAAAAUAAUGAGAUAUCAGCACAUAAAUUCUGUAUCAAUUUUUAUGAGCGUGAUAAAUUUAUAUUGAAUGUUGUGGUUAACCGCAAUAGCGAAUCCGCCUCUCGACUUUUGCUUCUCAUUGCUCCUUCAAGACAACGCCUCUAUUGAACUUCAAAGCAGCCUUACAUAAUUUUGUGACACAAAUGUUAAAACCUAAAAUUUUCAGGUCUUUUACAUUCCUCCUAGCACCCCAUCGUCAUCUCCAAAUUAUCCCCACAUCAGCAGCCACCAACGCAGCCCAAUUUGCUCCUCAACUCCAAUCUCCAAACCCCAUCAGACCAGUAAACGAAACCCACCUCUUAAGAGUCUGUACAAUUCUCUACCAGCAACAGUACUCAUCCGAUAAAAAAGUCCGCAAUAACCUCUGCAAAACACCAUUUGACCUCACCCAUGAGUUCUUCCUUCAAGUAUGCAACAAAUUCCCAUAUUCUUGGAGACCCCUUUACAAAUUCUAUGAAUUUACCAAGUCACAGCCCCACUUCAAUCACACAUCCACCACCCUCAACAAAAUGCUAGAUGUAAUUGGAAAAUCAAGAAACAUUGAUCUUUUCUGGGAAGUAGUUCAAGAAAUUGGAAGAUGUCAAUUGGUCACCCCUAAAACUUAUGUAGUUGGGUUAAAAACUCUAGCUGAAGCUAGGGAGUUGAAGAAAUGUGUUUAUGUUUUUCAUGUGAUGAAUGGUUUUGGAUAUGGGUAUAAUGUGGAAAUAUUGAAUAAAGUAGUUGAGGCUCUUUGUAGAAAUAAGCUUGAUGAGGAGGCUAAGCAUGUGGUGUUGAAGUUGAAAGAUUGGAUAAAGCCAAAUGGGGUUACUUAUAGAUGGUUAAUAUAUGGGUUUUGUGAUGUUGGUGAUGUGAUUGAAGCCUCAAAGAUUUGGAAUUUAAUGGUUGAUGAAGGUUUUGAACCUGAUAUUGAAUGUGUUGAGACUAUGAUUGAGACCCUUUUCAAGAAUAACAGAUAUGAUGAAGCAUUGAAGGUUUUUCAAUCAAUGAGAGUGAAUAGGAUGUCUGAAUUGGGGGUUUCUACUUACAGGUUGGUGAUCAAUUGGUUGUGCAAGAAAGGCAAGCUAGGAGAGAGUUAUGUAGUGUUUGAAGAAAUGCAAAAGAGAGGGAUUAAAGCCGAUAAUCUUACAUUAGCAUCGAUAACCUAUGGGCUUGUGAGUAGAGGGAGGAUUAGGGAAGCGUAUAGCGUAGUGCAAGAGAUAGAGAAGCCUGAUAUAAGUGUUUAUCAUGGGAUGAUCAAAGCACUGUUAAAGUUGAAAAGAGCAAGUGAAGCAACUGAAGUAUUUAGGGAGAUGAUAAAAAGAGGAUGUGAGCCGAUAAUGCAUACGUAUGUUAUGUUGUUACAGGGACAUUUGGGGAAGAGAGGGAGGAAAGGAUCUGAUCCUCUUGUGAAUUUCGAUACCAUUUUUGUAGGAGGUUUGGUUAAGGCAGGAAGGACGUUGGACGCGACCAAGUAUGCAGAGAGAUUACUGUACAAAAAAGUUGAGGUGCCUAGGUUUGAUUAUAACAAGUUUUUGCAUUAUUAUUCAAAUGAGGAAGGUGUGGUUAUGUUUGAAGUGAUGAGCAAAAAACUUAGAGAGGUUGGGCACUUUGAUCUAGCUGAUAUAUUUGCAAGGUAUGGGGAGAAAAUGGCAACUAGGGAUAGGAGGAGAAACAGAACAACAGAGUGGUGACUGCUAUGGUUUUAGACUUAUCUUUAGCCAAAAUGCGGUGAAAGAUGAGGCAUGACACCAAGUUGUAUUUCCGUUCCCGUGGUCGCAACCUAUUCUUUGCAGGGAGCUUGGAGCGGGCUGUAUAGAACACGGCCUUUCUUUUUGUACUUGCACUUGGGAACCUUAUUUGCGAGAUGUGCAUAACUCAAUGGGAAAAGUAGAGGAGAGAUUAACCCGUAAGAUAUUCUCAACUGGCUUGAGGAGGAACAGUUUGGGGAAAGAUGCUUCUACCAGCAACCCAAUAACUUGGAAGUUAAUGAAUGGUGAAAGAUGAUAAAGAGAAUCUGAAUUGUCAAGCAACUGCCGAAGUCAUAUAAAUAUAGCAAUGAAGAUGCAGUGAAAUGUUAGUCACGAACCCAGGAUUGCCCAUAGAUUCUGAUCUGUAGAGCUAGAAAACAAGGUGGAGACAAAGGUGUAUCUCGGGAAACCAUUAUUUAUAUUGAUUCAUACAUUUUGUGA